UCUUUUACUUAAUUGAAGUACUUGAAAACAUAGAAGUUUGGUAGGUUAGGGAAGUCUUCAGGAAUAAGAUUAACCUUGAGUGAUCCUGACAGACUCUGGAAUGCAAAUGAUAAGUACAGCAUGUUGGCAGAAGUAAGGCUUUCUUUAGGAGAGUAGAGGAAUAGAAAAAAAUGGGGAAUAUAAAAUAAGUUCACGGUAGGAAUAAGAAGGCCAUUUAGUUCUUUUAAAAAGACUUUUCACAGGUUGAUUCACAGUAAUUUUUUUCCUCUUAAAUUGUUUUGUUUUUUUCCUUAGAAAUAACUAGAAACAAAGACCACUAAUGCUACAAAUUGGUAGUCUCUGGUAAUACUAUAAUUCUAAUUGGUGAAGAAAGGAAAUAGAGAAUUAAGACAGUUUGAAAUGAUGCUUAAUAUUUUUAGUUCCAAGUUCAAUCAGUAUAGUCAUCAACUGACAUUUACUCUGAACCCCUUGGGUGAAUGGCAUUGAACCAAAUCCCAAAGAAAUAAUAUCUUCUGCCUACGUGAGCAAACUGGUAGUUGAACUAUUGCUCUCAGAAGCUAUGGAUAAUAAGAGUUGAUGUUAAUAUGCUGUGAGAUUCCAGCCUUGGAGUCAUAAGGCUAAGAUAGAAAAAAUAUACCCCCCUCCCAAAAAUCUUGAUUUGAAAAACAGAAACUGUAUUUACUUUUUGUUUUGAAUAAAGAAGUCACUGCUCUAUGCAAUGAAACACUAAAUUUCAAAUUAUUUUUUAAAAUUUCACCAAAUAUUGUCUUAGCUUAAAAGAGUUGAAUUUUAUUUGAUUGAUCAUUGUAUGAAUAAUGCAAAGUAAACUUUCAUUUUGACAAGUAAAAUAACGAGGUGAGUUGAUUCAGAGCAUGUCAAGUAGAACCGUAAGUGAUUUAUGCCUUCAUUGAAAACUCAGAUACAAAGAAAUCUUGGUGGAUGUCAAAAAUUUGUGACUGAAACCUAUUUUUACCUGAUCUCCAUGGUUAAUAUCACAUUUAUAAAGGUAUUUUUCAUUCUAUAAUAUUAAAAUGUUUCUUUUUAAGGAUGGUCAGAUUUUAAGCAUUUAUCUUUUCCUAGUAGUCUCCCCUUCCCUUGCCCUCUCCAUCCCAAUCUCUUUUCUUCGGAUAGGGUUCCUAUUGCUGGCUACCCAGUCAUCACCAUGCUAAUACCAUUUAAGGUAGCUCUGAUGGGUUCAUUUAUUUUGAGUCCUUCAAUUCAGUUUCUCUUUUAACCUGGCUUCCUAAAUCAAGUUGACAAACCAAUUUAUUUUUCUCCCUUUUCAUUUCAACAAUUUGUGAUUCAGAUUGGUAGGAAAAUAUAACGUAAUCCGAGCACAACCUCUUCCCCUUGGAAUCAGUAUUUUCGAGGCUUCCUCCUUUCCUUGGCGGAACGUGCUUAAGUCAGGCAGAGUAUCUAGUGAAGGACUUCAGCCCCCACAGUUCCCUGUGCGCGCAUGCCCUCUCCUCUUACAGUUGUCAAAGUGCUUUUGCCAGAGCGGUCACAUAAUCAACCUGAAAGAAGAAAAUAAAUACUGUACACUUUUUAAUUUUAUCGAUCCUUAAAAACUGGACACUCAAAGGGUGAACGCUCUGAGUUCCGGUGAAGGGAAAAGAGACGUGGCGAAAUUGCUGUCUUUCUGUCUUAUAAGCACAUCUCUCACUAAUACAGAAAAGGAACCAAGACAUCAGAAAGGCUGCGCAAACCAUGCAGGAUGAUUUACUGAUGGACAAAAGCAAAACCCAGCCCCAGCCCCAGCAGCAGCGGCAGCAGCAGCAGCAGCAGCCCCAGCCCGAACCCAGCGCAGCCGAAGCCCCGUCCACGCCCCUCUCCUCAGAGACCCCCAAGCCGGAGGACAGUAGCGCAGUGCCGGCCCUCAGUCCCGCCGCGGCCCCGCCGGCCCCCAACGGUCCUGACAAGAUGCAGAUGGAAUCGCCGCUCCUGCCGGGCUUGAGUUUCCACCAGCCCCCUCAGCAGCCGCCGCCGCCGCAGGAGCCCGCGGCGCCGGGCGCGUCGCUGUCGCCGUCCUUCGGCAGCACCUGGUCCACGGGCACCACGAACGCGGUGGAGGACAGCUUCUUCCAGGGGAUCACCCCAGUCAACGGGACCAUGCUCUUCCAGAACUUCCCGCACCACGUCAACCCAGUCUUCGGAGGCACUUUCUCUCCGCAGAUCGGCCUGGCGCAGACCCAGCACCACCAGCAGCCGCCGCCGCCGGCGCCGCAGCCCGCGCAACCCGCGCAGCCCCCGCAGGCACAACCCCCGCAGCAGCGCCGCUCGCCCGCCAGCCCCAGUCAGGCGCCCUACACGCAGAGGAGUGCUGCCGCGGCGUACGGCCACCAGCCCAUCAUGACCAGCAAGCCGUCCUCGUCCUCGGCUGCAGUAGCCGCCGCGGCCGCAGCCGCCGCUUCGUCCGCCUCGUCCAGCUGGAACACGCACCAGAGUGUGAACGCCGCCUGGAGCGCGCCAUCCAACCCGUGGGGCGGCCUGCCGGCUGGCCGGGACCCUCGCCGGGCGGUCGGCGUGGGCGUGGGCGUGGGUGUCGGGGUGCCCUCACCGCUCAACCCCAUCUCGCCGCUCAAAAAGCCCUUCUCCAGCAAUGUGAUCGCGCCGCCCAAGUUCCCCCGCGCGGCCCCGCUCACCUCCAAGUCCUGGAUGGAGGAUAACGCUUUCCGGACGGAUAAUGGUAACAAUCUGUUGCCAUUUCAGGACCGGAGUAGGCCCUAUGACACUUUUAACUUGCACUCGCUGGAGAACUCCUUAAUGGAUAUGAUAAGGACUGAUCAUGAGCCUCUGAAAGGUAAACACUACCCUCCCAGUGGCCCACCAAUGAGUUUCGCUGAUAUAAUGUGGAGGAAUCAUUUUGCAGGACGCAUGGGAAUAAAUUUCCAUCAUCCAGGAACAGAUAAUAUUAUGGCACUUAACACCAGGAGCUAUGGGCGGAGACGAGGUCGGUCUUCUCUCUUUCCCUUUGAAGAUGCCUUCCUGGAUGACAGUCAUGGCGAUCAAUCCUUGUCAUCUGGGUUAAGUUCUCCCACUCGCUGUCAAAAUGGAGAACGAGUAGAACGUUACUCCAGAAAGGUGUUUGUUGGAGGCCUUCCUCCUGAUAUCGAUGAAGAUGAGAUCACUGCCAGCUUUCGCAGGUUUGGACCUCUCGUUGUAGACUGGCCUCACAAAGCUGAAAGCAAGUCGUAUUUUCCUCCUAAAGGCUAUGCCUUUCUGCUGUUCCAGGAGGAGAGCUCAGUGCAAGCGUUGAUAGAUGCCUGCCUGGAAGAAGACGGGAAACUGUACCUGUGUGUGUCAAGCCCCACCAUCAAGGAUAAGCCAGUGCAAAUUCGACCAUGGAACCUAAGUGACAGUGACUUUGUAAUGGAUGGUUCUCAGCCUUUGGACCCCAGAAAAACUAUCUUUGUUGGGGGAGUUCCACGACCCCUUCGAGCUGUUGAAUUGGCAAUGAUCAUGGACCGUUUGUAUGGUGGUGUCUGCUAUGCUGGCAUCGAUACGGACCCAGAGCUGAAGUACCCCAAAGGUGCUGGCCGCGUGGCGUUCUCCAAUCAGCAGAGUUACAUUGCAGCCAUCAGCGCUCGCUUUGUGCAGCUCCAACACAAUGACAUUGACAAACGGGUGGAAGUGAAGCCAUAUGUGCUGGAUGAUCAGAUGUGUGAUGAGUGCCAGGGCACGCGCUGUGGUGGGAAGUUUGCCCCGUUCUUCUGUGCCAACGUCACCUGUCUGCAGUAUUACUGCGAAUACUGCUGGGCGAGCAUACACUCCCGUGCCGGGCGGGAGUUCCACAAACCGCUGGUGAAGGAGGGAGGCGACCGCCCUCGGCACGUCCCGUUCCGCUGGAGCUGAGCCCAGGGCAGACCCAGCCACAAGUACUGGAGUAGAUAACAAGGAGGGAAAAGAGAGGGCACGGCCUCAGGGCUUACAGUGUUCUGGAAAUCUGUGCAUUCGUUCUCGAUUUUUAAAGAAGAAAUGGGUCUUUUUAUUAUUACUAUUAUUUACAGUCAUAUUACUGAACUCAGUGUCCAGUAUAAUGCAGAAUUGCAGAGUGUAUAACGGUACUGAUUUGCACUUUGAUUCACACCUUUGUCUGCUUGGUACCUUAAUUUCUCACCCCUGAUUUGUCACUCGUAGACUGCCAUUCUCAUCAGCGGCCAUCAGGUUGAUGUCUGUGAUUUUUUUUUUUUUUUUUUUUUGCUGUUGUACGUUGUUGUUGUUGUUGUGUUGUUGUUGUUGUUGUUGUUCCAAUUGUUUUUGAACUGGAGCAUGCACUUAUUUUCAGAAACUUAGAGAGUCGCCCCUAGGAGAAGACUUACCAAAGGCAAUACUCGUGAGUAGGUGGCAGAUGUAGCAAAAACUUCACAACAAUUCAGCAAUCAUUAGUUGGGGUCAUUUAGAGUAAGGGUAACCCUUCAUGAAAAUAGGCCUUUAGUUUUCUAUUUUGACAUGUAAGGAUACCUCAUAAGCUGAAUCUUUAUUUUUCCUUCAUGUUUGAUUUUGUUUUGCUGAGGAUUUUGGUUAGAUCUUUUAGUGUUAUGUAAAUUUAUGCUGCAAUAGCUUUUGCUGCUAUUAAGAUGGUAUUAUUAAUACCAUAAUACUCUCUUCAGGCUAAGGUAUCAAUUUAAAAAAACCCAACAACACACUUCUGUGAUUUAGGGAUAGAAUCAGCUGCCGAAAGGAGAUCAGAAUAGACUACAGAAAGCUUCAACGGAAGGUCACUAUUUCUGACUGCAUGUUUACUUAAUCAGGUUGCUGCAUGCAAUAAAUUUUAUAUCCAAUGUCUAGUAUAAAACCUUCCCACAAUGCACAAAUUAAGAAUCUAUAUAAGCUAUAAAAUACUGAUUUUUUUUAAAAGUUUUUUUUCACUCAAAGAAUUGGUAAUUGACUGGAGGAAGGCAUGCCUCAAUAAAUGGAAUGCUUCUGAACUAGGAAGAGCCCAUAACAGAAUGACCUAUAUUACAACCAAUAUAAAACCUAGGUGUAGGAUAUCUUAAAGCAAAUUUGUGGACGGUAGAUGAAGUACUUUGCGGUGCUCUGUUAUAUAUUGUGCAAUUUAUUUUAUAUAGUAAAGUGAUUAUGUCUAACUGUGAUCAAACUUAACUGUUUAAAGCCUCUGUGUCAGACAUUAACGAACUUGACAGUUCAUAACUGGUAUAUUAUUAACUAACACAUGAGCUCUUAGUUACAACCUCCUAGUGCUUGCACCAUUUUACAUAGCUUCAGACCUUGUCCAGAAAACCAAAGAGCUCAUCUUAGCUUACAAACACUAGGAAUAUAUACAGUAUAUAGAGAUAAGUUGUCAGAUUGACAAGCUAGGCACAUUUUAAGAAAGUUGCGUGAUGGCGAUGCUAAAGAAAUGUCUAUCCACAAUAAGACGGCCUGGGCAGGGCUGGUUGUCUGGGUGAGAAAGUAACUACUUAAUUCCCUGGAUUUAUCCUGUAAAGCUUGAAUAGAACUAAGGCCUGCUAGUACUACCGUGGACAUUUUUUUAGCCUUCACUCUUGGGCUGCAGAUAGUAAUAUAUAAACACACACAAUGAUUGUGAGACUAUGUAAAAUCUUUUUUCUUUUUUCUUUUUUUUUUUUUUAAUCUUCUUCCUAUGUUUUGGAGUUCUGGGGACAAUCUGACUGGAUAUGACACUGCAGAAUAGAUUUAAGUCGCUGUGUUUUUAUGUGCUGUGAUGUCCUUGUCCUGUCUCUUAAGUUAAUAUGGCUUGUUUUUGUUUUGUUUUGUUUCUCCAGUGUUUAGUUGCAAUUACCAGCUUUCAAGCUAUAGUUUGUUUUCAAAAAGGAAAAACAAAAUAGUUUUUUACUGGAUUAAAAAUGCUUAUUAGAAUUCUCCCCUUUUGAAGUUACCUCUGGGCUUUUUGGUAAUAAUUGCUUUUUUCCAGCCCAGCUGUGGUUUUCUGUUUGUUUGUUUUGUUGUUUUUUUUUUCUAUGUUUGUGGUUUUUUUUCAUCUGUACAAGAAAUUUUGUUAUGCACUACUACUUUUUGUAUUCUAGACAGUUUUCAAAAGUUGGCUGAAGAUUUUUUUGUUUGUUUGUUUUUAAGGAAAAAGGCAUGCUUUCUGACUGACAUGAUCUUUUGCAAUACCUCAAUUUUGAAAUAUAGGAAAGAAAAUGAUAUUUUCUAAGUAAGUUUAUUCAGAAAAAUAUAUAUUAAUUUAAUUCUGCAAGAAAAAUGAUUUAACAGAUGGUAACUUUAUUUUUUUCAUGCUUAUUUGUGUUUUUUGAAAAUGAAGAAGUUAGAGCUUUAUAACUAUAAUAUUAAAGAUCAUAUCUAACCUACAGAAAUCUACCUAAUUAUGUGAAAGAAGCAACACUUUUUGAAGAAGCACCCCUCUUUCAUGUACUAAAACCACACUGAGAUUUAAAAAAAAAAAAAAAAAGCUGGAAGCUUGUACAGCGGGAAGCUGACGGGAAGGUGAGAACCAUGGUCACCAAGAAUAGGUUACAAAGAAUAAACUCCCUUUGGUGCUGAAAGUUUGUGGAUAGAUGGUGGAAACUACUUUCCCUUCAUUUGUAUAUUUAUAAUCAAGCGUUGAUUGUGCACGACUGACCAGGAUUGUGAAAGAGUUCUUCUGUUUGUAUUUUUUUAAAGAGAACUUUUUUAGUUUAUUAAAUUAUAACAUGUUCCCUUUUGUUUUGUAAAUAAAUGUGCCCCCCAAGUUGUUAAUGUUAUAUUAAAAGAGAGGGUCCUUCAAAAAAAAUUAUUUUUUAAAACACAGAGGUGUUCUGACCUGCAACUUGACUGGGAAGCCCCUGGGUAUCACAGGUCCUGUUGUGGCCUUUCCUUGACGUGACACUUGAACUAGUCGAUUUUUUGAAGGCUAUAACCUAACCUCGACUAUUUGUUGUUAUGUGCAAUACUGUUUGUACUGUUUGUAUAAAAAAUAGAAAAAAAAAGAAAAGAAAAAAGGCAUAAAUCUUUAUUGCAGAUUUAUUUUCAUUGCAAACUUUAGACAUUGUGAUUCACUGAAAUCAUUUUUCUACUGUCAAAUAUGUACCUUUUCUUCAUGCUGGUAUUUUUUCAAUAGUAAUGUAGCCUUUGUACUGAGACAAAUUUUCAUUGUUAUUUUUAGAAAGAUUUUUUGCUAAGAAAAAAAUUAAACAUAUUUACAUAUUUUUCAUUUUAUUUCGUAUUUUCUUUAAGGAGUGCUUUCUCAAUCAUUAAUAGAGUUGUUUCUGGGAGGGACUUUCAUAUCUGGUCAAUGUCAUAAUAUUAUUUUGUAUUUUUACUUGGAAUAAAUUAAUUUUAUGAUGCUAAUUCUUUAAAAGUUUAUUUUUUUCAUUUUCAGUUAUUUUUGAAGCUAAAACCUUUGUAAUAUUGUUACUAAAGUGUCUAGUUUUUUGAAAUGCAAAGCUUUAUGUAUUAACUUGCUGAUGUGGUUUACAAUAGUGUGACAACGAUGAACAUGGUUGGUUAUGUAAAGUGAUUGGAAAAUGUAAUGGAUAAUUGGGUAAUAAAAUGACAGAAUGAGCAGAA